AGGGCAGACAACACCCUCACGAUUUUCUAGUCCUACUGUGUAUGGAAAGUGAUCCUGGAUGGACCUGGGCGAAAACAUCUGGUCCAUGGUCAAGCGAGAAGUGUCCAGCAGGCCAGGGUCACCGGCUGAACAGAGCUACUUACACGGCGGGCAGGGCAGGAGGGACGGCAACGCGCACGACUCGGAGGGGCUCAGGUCACCGCUGCCAAGCGAUCAACUUGACACAGUGGGACACCGGCGCGCCGAGGGGCCAAGUAGAUCAUCUCUACACUCCUACGUUCAGUUCGGACACCAUCACAGCAACACUGAGGACAUCACUCUGUUCACAGAUUUAGACCAGGGCAACAAACUCAUCAUCUCCAGUGGAGCGCACCCGCACCACAAGGGGGGCCUUAUCGUUGACCCCAGCGACAUGUAUCAAACACUAGCCAUCGCGGCGGCCCACCAGAGCCAGGCGGGGUAUGACUCGCCCUCUGGGGGCUAUAUGCACUCCAACCCCAACUCUCCAGUGUAUGUACCGAGCUCACGGGUGGGACCCAUGAUACCCAGCCUUCCUUAUUUGCAAGCCAGUGGAUCGUCUCAGCCCAGCCAUGCGGUCACCAGCCACUCAGUCUGGUCGCAGUCUACUCCGGAGAGUCCCUCCUACAGCACCGGGAGUCCUCAUACCUCCAACCGUUUCCACUACCCUCCAAGCCCGCCCAUGAACAACGGGGUGCCCAGGGAUAACGGCUACAGUAAUCCGCUGAAUGUGACCAGCCGAGACCAGUAUGGCCUCUCGCGCCCCCUCAGUGGCUCCUACACCAGCCCCUACUCCCCGUAUGUUGGACCACAGCUAUCCCAGUUGUCCUCGCCUUGGUCUGGAGGACCAUUUGAUAACACCAUGCUGCACACUUUGCAAAGCAGAGGUGCGCCCUUGACGAUUCGAGGACCUAACGGAGGUAGGGCUUCUAUUCCAAAUAUUAUCGAUGAAAGAUGAUUAAUAAUAUGGACUUCAAUUAGCCUAUAUGACAACUUUAUUUUAUAUGUGCUGAUAUUUGUAUCUAUUGAACAACUGUUUGACGCAUGUACGAUAAUUAAAAUAACCAUUUAAAAACGUUUAAAAGCAAGGAGGGCUUGGGUGUACAUUUGAUGAUCAUUUACGAUGACAACAGUUUAGUAGACCUAAUGGCCCGAAUAAGUUCACAUUCAAGUGAGUUAAGGAGAUUGUUAUCACAGGUAAAAUAGGUCUAAAUUUUUAUAGUAAUGGUAAGGAAUGUUAAAUUGCUUCCUUUUAAGAAUAGCACAUUAAUUAGGUUAGAUAUUAUAACUAGGCUAUUAUCAAUUCAUUUGUGGCAUGAAUUGAAGAUUAGGCAUAUCCCUGAUAUCGAAUAUUUUAUAACGACUUCUAGGCCUAUCAUAUUUUGACAUUUUAAUUUAUGUAAAUAAAAUAGAUUUUUGAUUACACCCUCUGACUGCACAUAGAAAACUAGUAGGCUAUCGAAACAUUUGGAGUUUCUAAAUGUAACCCAAUACGGUAGACAUAAAUAGCUCAAAUAGAGUCAAAAGAGCAGUCUCCUUGUGUAUUGAAUGUAUAGGCCUAAUAUCACAUUCAUAGGCCUAGAAUAGACCUCAUUCGGAAAAUAAUUCUGAAUUAUCAUCAAAGGAUCCAACACAUUUUCAAUAGACAAUCACAUAUUUGAAGGUAUAGACAGGUGCUCAAUUAAGCCUACGAAAAAUCACGGCUCUUUUAUGCCCAAGCACCUCUCUGAAGUGUCAUGUAAGUGAUUGUUGUAUUGCCUGUCUGUUUUUCCCGCAGAUAUUCUCGAUGACCUGGGGGAGAGCAGGGAAUGCGUCAACUGCGGCUCCAUCUCCACGCCGCUCUGGAGACGCGAUGGCACGGGCCACUUUCUCUGCAACGCCUGCGGCCUGUACAGCAAAAUGAAUGGACUCAGCCGGCCAUUAAUUAAACCACAGAAGCGGAUGGUAAGCAGCACAUGCUCAGGGACUACUUAGUCACUAAAUUUCCUGUCGAUUUAUUUAAAACAAUGGCUUAAGGUUAUCGCCCAAGAUCUCUAUAUACUUCCUAAAUAAUAGGGAUUUUAUUUGACCAAAAAUUCACUAAAAUAGAAGACCAUUUUAUUGUACCCUCGGUUCGGUCAGCAUUCAUAUAUUAACAAUAUCAUUCUGGCUGUCAUAUAAGUAAUUACAUUUCUUGACCCUGAUUAAAUUACCUAUGACAGCCAGAAUUAUCUUGUUAAUAUGGUCCUCUGUAGCUCAGCUGGUAGAGCACGGCGCUUGUAACGCUAAGGUAGUGGGUUCAAUCCCCGGGACCACCCAUACACAAAAAAAAAUGUAUGCACGCAUGACUGUAAGUCGCUUUGGAUAAAAGCGUCUGCUAAAUGGCAUAUUAUUUAUUAUUAAUAAUAUAUGAAUGCUGGCCGAACGGAGGGUACAAUAAAAAUGGUCUUCCAUUUUAGUGAAUUAUUGGUCAAAGAAAAUCCCCAUUAUUUAGGAAGUAUAUAGAGAUCUUAGGCGAUAACCUUAAGCCAUUGGCUACGUGAGGAAAAAUGUAAUGUUCAGACACAUUUUCCUGGCGCAAUUACGCAGUUAUUAGGCUACGCACACGAACAAACGUGUGAUGCCUUGAUUCCACAAACUCUCUGCCAAUGAAAUUCAUGGAAAUAAGCCGAACUUAACUGUCUGUUACUGUUAAUGGAAUACAUGAAUACGACCAAUAUUAUUGUUAGGAAAUUAGUGCAGAUAACAUAAAUAUAGUCAUAAGAGAGGAGAAUCCGUGCCCUUCAAAUACAAGGAUUAAUUAUAAGUGAUUGGAUCACAGCCAAAGAUUCCAUUAGUCACGUAGCCUAGUCUCGACCUGAGACAUCUCUGCAUCUCACUUUUAUAGCUCACCGUUGCUUAAUCAUAGCUUCAUAUCUUUAUGUACCAGUGUGUUUAUCGUUGUUUAUGUAUUGCCUUUCCCCAGUCAUCAUCCCGGCGAAUCGGCCUCUCCUGUGCCAACUGUCAGACGAGCACAACCACCUUGUGGCGCAGAAACGCAGAGGGAGAACCAGUGUGCAACGCAUGUGGGCUCUACACAAAAUUACAUGGAGUAAGACACAAUCUUAACAUUAUGUCACAAGUUUAUGGAACGCCGUUUGGGUCUUUGCUUGUCAAAAAAGAUACAAAUAACACUAUUUGACGCGUUAAAUAACACAAUUCUAUUAUAGAAUGUUGUGUGUCGCUGAAUUUGCAAGUGCAAGGCAAACGCCACCACUACUAUCAGUAGCACUGUAAAAACUGUAAAAAAAUAAUAAAAGUCUGCAAACAAGCACAUACCGGCCACGAACGAUGUGUUUACAAUACCGCGUUGGUAAUUGUAAACACAAUUACCAACGCGGCAGAGCCGCCGCCGGCCGCGACCGGGAGACUCAUGGGCGGCGCACAAUUGGCCCAGCGUCGUCCAGGGUAGGGGAGGGAAUGGCCGGCAGGGAUGUAGCUCAGUUGAUAGAGCAUGGCGUUUGCAACGCCAGGGUUGUGGGUUCGAUUCCCACGGGGGGCCAGAAUAAAAAAAAUAUAUAUAUGUAUUCACUAACUGUAAGUCGCUCUGGAUAAGAGCGUCUGCUAAAUGACUAAAAUGUAAAAAUGUAAUGUAAUGUAAAUGUAAUAAGGCAUUAUUUGUUCGACCGCAACUUCUGGGGUAGCUAGCUAGCUAGCUUUAGCUUGGUACCUAGCUAGCACCAAUGCAACCAGGUUGAAAACAAUGACCAGUAGAAACUGCAGUCAUUUCCAAUAUUCUUAGCAAUGAUUUAGGAAUCCUUGUGAGUAAGUAUUAGCUAGGUAGCCGUUUGUUGUUCGCCUAUUGAAAUUGAACUUCAGUUCAUGAAAAUAAAUAGCUAGCCAGCUACUUAACCCUGUUGCCCAAAGCCAACGUUAUAAGCAGCCAGCUAGCUUCCUGACCGGGGUAAUGUGUCGUGAAGCUAGCCACAAUAAGAAUUAGCCACAAUAGUGGAAUUUGGGUGUUGCCUUCAAAAUAAAAGUACCUAUUUGAAAGUGAUGCAGAAGGUUACAAUUGGUGGAAUCAUGCCAUAUUUAAACUAGAUAAUGUUAAACAAGGUUGGAAUGUGGAGCAAUUAAAUGGGGUAUCAGUCUACUCUGUGACACCCACAGAACACAACUGUGAAGAGUUUACGCAAAUAUUAGCGUUGUAGCUCUUAUCGCGGUACUGUGACUGUGUGACCUCCCCAGUCAGCCUAUUGUGCGUAUUGACAUUCAUAUUGCACUGUACAGCUUUACCUAAGGAUUGGGGAUCAAUGAAAUGGGGUAUCAGUCUACUCAGUACCCAAUAGCUUUUUUCCCAACGUCCUCCUCAUAGUUAUCAGACUCCAAAACAUCCAGGUUGUAUUGUUUUUCAUCUGGAAUUGUGUUCAAUACACAUAGUAGGUUGACAAAAAAUGUGUCUCAAUUCACAGUUGUUUCAGAGUCCCGCAAUAAGAGCUACGACGCUAAUGUUCUCUGGGUGUCACUGAGUAGACUUGAUACCCCAUGUCAUUGAUCCACUAUUCAUAGGUAAGGCUGUACAGUGAAAUAAGUAUGUCCCCAAUGCAAUUCUACAGUCUAAUAAUAAUAUAAUAAUAUGCCAUUUAGCAGACGCUUUUAUCCAAAGCGACUUACAGUCAUGCAUGCAUACAUUUUCGUGUAUGGGUGGUCCCGGGGAUCGAACCCACUACCUUGGCGUUACAAGCGCCGUGCUCUACCAGCUGAGCUACAGAGGACCACAUCUACAGAGUCUACUACAUCAAGUGUGAUUUCAACAGAUUUUUGUCAAAUUAACCAAUUAUUGUCUUUUGUAGAUUUUAUAUAACAACAUUCCAACUUUGUUUAGCAUGAUCUAUUCAAUUAUGGCAUAAUUCUACUAUUUGUAUUCAUUUGCGUCACUGUCAAUGACAUACGUUUAUUUUGAAGGCUAACCGCAAAAUCCACUAUCGUGGCUAAUCCUUAUUGUGGUUAGCUUCACAUAGAUGGGUCCGACCACCAUUAAUCAAAUAAGAACUGUCUCAUAAAUUAGGGUUAUUUUAGAUGAUGACACCUAGCUAGAUAUUUAGCUAGCUAACUAUAGCUACUGAAACAGAUUAUGUAGUUUUGUUAUGUUUUUGGGGAAGAGCAUUGUUUGCAUCCAUCAGCUAGCUAGCUUUUUUAAUGACCAGCACUGUAUGUGCGCGAGACAAAACUUUCCCAGCAUCAUAGCAUACGUGUCGAUGAAUCGUUGUGACAUAUGAAAUACGAGUGAUAGUGUAAUAACUACGUAAAAAAAUUAUGAACACGUUAAAUUGCCCUGCGUAAUUGUCCACUGAAUAUCGAGAGCAAUAUUAAACACAAGCAGUUUAUUCAGUGUGCCCAAUUAAUUAUAGUAGUUGUUAAUGAAGUAUAGAUUUAAAGGACAAUUUACAUGUUUUUCGACAUUGACAAAACGUUUAGCCAAAUAACAAGACAGAGAACGCCGCCGAACAAUUUCAUGACAAAGAUUCAUGUAUUCUUUAUUUUUGCAGGUACCUCGGCCGCUCGCCAUGAAGAAAGAGGGAAUUCAGACGAGGAAAAGAAAACCUAAAACUUUGAACAAAACCAAGGGGUCCUCUGGUAAGCAACCUCUGUUUUAACACCUCAUGACACACAGUAUAUCUCUAUCUCUCUCUCUCUCUCUCUCUCGUGUUAUUGGGUCCUCUUUAUAAUUAAUUUAUAUAAUUUUACCACAGGAAAUAGUAAUUCAGUCGCCAUGACUCCGACGUCCACGUCUUCUUCCAACUCUGAAGACUCGAAGAACAGCUCUCCGAACACGCAGGUGCCAGGGGUAAGAAGAUGAUUUUAAUCAUAUUCAGGUGUGGGAUAGGCGGGCCCCGUAUGUUGUAAAAACUGACUCGAGGCCGUUUGAAACUGUUGUCCCAUGCAGGCCAACUGACACCUGUCUUGUGUAACAAAUGAUGCACGGAAAUUCUUCGUCCAAUUCUCAGUUAGCGUCAAAUAUAGGUCCACGGUUUUGGUCAAAUAGAGGGACGUUGCCUUUCAAACGAAAACAUAUCUAAAACGUUUUUGAAGAGGCUUUAUCGUUUUAUUUAUUGCACUAAUGUAUUAUUUUGAUUGGAUAUUGUUGACAAAUAUAGGACAUACAGGCAGGCUAAUAAUAAACCUUAAUCUGAUAUGUUCAUAAUAGCAACAAUAUUGGCCUAAUAGUAUUGGAUUCAUAAGUAUUGAGUCAUACAGUAUGUGGGAUGUAAUCUACUGUAUCUGGUGUCAUCAGACGUAUUUAAAGGCCUCUACUGGGUUCUGGGAGGUGGUCUGCAUUUUUCAGAGAUGAUGCUCUUUGGAAUUGUGUUGUAAAACAUUGUAGUCUCUGAUUUAUUCCAUAUAAGACACUAUUAAAGGCCUACUUCCAACAACUACAUUUAGUUAAUUAAAGGCCAGUAGAGGCCUUUAAAUACCUCUGAUGACACCAGAUACAGUAGAUUACAUCCCACAUACUGUAUGACUCAAUACUUAUGAAUCCAAUACUAUUAGGCCAAUAUUAUUGCUAUUAUAAACAUAUCAGAUUAAGGGGGCGGCAGGUUGCUUAGUGGUUAAAAGCGUUGUGCCAGUAACCGAGAGGUCGCUGGUUCAAAUCCCCGAGCCGACUAGGUGAAAAAUCUGUCGAUGCAAGGCACGUAACCCUAAUUGCUCCUGUAAAUCGCUCUGGAUAAGAGCUAAAUGACUAAAAUGUAAAUGUAAAAUGUUAUAUCACUUGAUAAAUGCUCUAUAAUAAUGAGAACAUCCACCUUAUAUACCCAUCUUAGCAGUUACAGAUUAAGCUUUAUCGUUGAUAAGCCCUGGCUGUGACUAUAGAAAACCUUUGGAUAAUAGUAAUUUCUCCUGAAUCUGUGACUAACAUUUCUCCGUCCUAUUCCAGGUUCAGUCCUCUGUACUGAGUGGCCCAGCGGAGGGCUCAGCUGGCUCUGGUGGCUCUGCCGUGGUCAAGUACCCAGACCAGGACGGCCUCUACACCCGUGUGGGCCUCACCCAGUCUGCAGACGUAGCCGGCUCCGUCAGGGGGGAGCCCUGGUGCCCUAUGGCCUUGGCCUGAGUCACCGAGCUGGGGGAUGGAACCCACUGCACUAGCCUCUCUCUCUCGCUCUGGAUGUCCUGCUGCUGAGUGGUGGAAGUAUUCAGUGCCUCGAUGGUUGUGGGCCUGUUUCCUACUUCCCAGCUAACAACUGUUGGACAGAGACAGACCUUUCGCCCCUUCACAUCCCUGCAAUCUUGAAAUGUCUGUGGAAUAUUUGGGAUUGAUUUCCAGAAUGAUAUGGGAAAACCUUAGUGCCUUAACACAAAGGGAAAUAUGUGAGAGGCCAGUUGAUGCAUUCUUGUUAGUCUCCAGUUUAGAUGCUUUCUGGACCGACCUGCUGUGUACUCAAUAUCUCUCUCUCUCAGCCAUGGAGGUGGAUCAAAUGUUCUUUGUUGUCUGAAAUGAAGAAACCUUUACAUAAUGCUAUGGAUUCCCCCACUCAAGACAAAAGCAGUUAAUUGGAUAUUAGUGCUUGAUAAAAGCACUAUCCAUACAAAGGACAUUUUGAUAAUAUUUUUUUUUUGCAACUGGAAUCAAGCUAUCAAGUUACCAAGACAACCUUCCUGAAUCAAGAGAAAGUAUUUAUUAAUCUUCCAUUGUAGAAAAUAUGACUAUGAUUGUUAAAUAAAGAUAUGGAUAUAGAGUAGAACUGAAAGAAAAACAUUUCUUAUGUCUUCAUUUUAAAUAUGAUUUUUCAUUUCUUUCUCUCUUGUUGAGUUCGUAGUUGUUAGUUAUAGCAAACAUGUUUUUCCACUGAUAGCUCUUACUGUAGGCCUAUCUGACUGAAACUCUUAUGGUUUUAAACAGGGUAUCAAAGACUGUGACAUCCUAUGUCAGUCCAUUUUAUUUUUAAAUUAUUUACUCAAUUCUUAAAUAAUCAAAUCCUACAGAUGAAAUUAAAAUACUGUUAAUUUAUGGUACUAUUUUUUUUAAAGAAAUUGGUAGAAGCUGUUUUUUCUAAGGUGAGGAUAAAAAAUAGAGAACAUGUUCGCAAACUUUUUGACACAGCUAGCUAAAACGGUUUGAACAAAUGGCACCCAUAAUCAUUUUAUAGAUGCAUCUUUUUGUUACAAUACAAAACUGUAAAAGAGGACUGCUGCAGUAUUCUCUGGUUGCAACAAAGACUACCUAACUGAUAUAAACUGUAUACAUUUACUGUUGCAUACAUGCAAGUGAUUUUCCUGAUAAAAUUUGACAGAAAUACAAUGAAAAGGCUAAAUGGCACUGAGGUCAACAUAUAUUAAUUUAAUGUCACAAUAUGGAGAAAUAGAGGUGGAAUUAAUAAAUUGCCCUCAGUUGACCUCCUCUUUUUCAGUUGAUAAAAGAGGAAUCUUACAGAUGCAGGAUCUUAAUUUGAGCCAGUUUGCCACAGCAGGGAAGUAAUCCUGCAGCAAUAGGAAAUGUGGAUUAUAAUUAAUGGACAUU